AUGACUAUUACUGAGUAUGAACGUGAAUUUGUUAGACUCUGCAAGUAUGCUCGAGAGUGUGUGUCUAGAGAAGCUAUUAAGUGUAAAAGAUUUGAUGAUAGGCUCAAUGAUGAUAUCCGACUGUCAGUUGGUGUUCUAAAGAUAAAGGAGUUUAUUGUUCUAGUUGAGAGAUCCUAUGACGGUUCUAUUUUAGCUGAGUUGAGAGCUAAACCGAUGUUUCUUGAAGAAAUCUGUAAAGCUCAAAAAGAUGAUAGUGAAUUACAAGCUAAAAGAGCUCAGUGUGAGACAGGUGUAGAGUCUAAUUUUCAGAUCGGUUCUGAUGGUUGUUUGAUGUUCAGAAAUCGGAUAUGUGUAUCGAAGAAUGAUGAGCUUGUUCGAAAGAUUUUACAAGAAGCACAUAGCAGUUCUUUGUCUAUUCACCCAAGUAGUACAAAGAUUUAUAAUGAUUUGAAGAAAAUGUAUUGGUGGGUAGGAAUUGAAAGAGAUAUUUCAGAAUUUGUUUAUAGAUGCUUGAUUUGUCAGUAG